UUUAUAACAAAACCCUUUGGCUAAUAAUCCUUUUAAAACACUUUAGUUUUUCUCUCUACCACUGCAUUCUUCAACUUCCACUCUCCAACCUCCUGCUUCUUCGUUGAGAUCAGAAGGCUUUAGCUAUGAGUUCUCGGAGGGUGGGUGUAGUUACUAGAAGCUUAAGGAGGCAACAGCAGGCGAACAUAGUUGGUCAGAUACCAACCGAACACGAGGAAGAUCAAAAUGAUGAUGAUGAUGUUGUUGAAUCAACUGCUUCUGCUUUUGACCGAGCCAAAAGAGACAAAUCUAGAGGCUCACGGCAAGGACCCUUAGUAGUUGAUUUAGAUUCAGGUGGUACUACUAGAGCAAGCAAAAAUCAAUCUGAACAAGCUGAUGUUGAGCUUGACGAUUCGGUAAGAAGCGUUAUGGUUUUUUCUUUUGUUUUGCUCUUGGGACUUAGGCUCACAUAUUUUGUCUGUCUUGUUCAGAGGAAGUCUAAUAAGUCUGUGGUGGCGGCUCCAGUGGAGGAACCAAAGUUCAACUGCCCAAUAUGUAUGUGUCCACUUACUGAGGAGAUGUCAACAAAGUGUGGUCAUAUUUUCUGCAAAAGUUGCAUAAAAGAAGCCAUCUCUCGUCAAGCUAAAUGCCCUACGUGUAGGAAGGAUGUGGCUGCUGAAGACCUCAUCCGAGUCUUCCUUCCAACCACCAAAUGAAUAAUGAUAUAGAGACAAUCUCCAGUAAGUCGGAUUCUCUAUAUAUUGCGUGUUGUCCAUUUGAAACAAGAAUCAUUCGUUGUUCUAGUCUUGAUUCUUUUCCCUUUUCUUUGCAGGUUAAAAAAAUUGUCUUGUCCACUCUAUCCUUGAGAAGAUUGGCUAGUAAAAGUGAAGACAUGUUUGUUCAUGAGUUGUUUGUUUGUAAUGUGAGUAACUCAAAACAUUUAAAAUCACUGAAGACUUGUUUUUUUCGAUGAAUGUCAUCAUCAGAGUAUCUUGAUAAGUGACAGUUCUUUAAAUUAAAAAUUAGGAUAUUCAAAUUGUUAGGCUGACUCUGUUACUACUACAAUCUAACCAAUUUCGAAUACCAUUUUUAACUAUCUGUAGUACUAAUAUUAAAACUUUGAAGGCUAGCCAGCGACAAUCUUUGAAGUAUUACAACUUGCAUCUAAACAAGACGAAACUUGCAAAAUAUUACAGAAUGAGAAACAUGUUAAUGCUAGGGAGUCAACAAGAAGAAUAUUACAAAAUGUGUCAAUACGUUCCAAUAUCUAUUCCGUUUGUGCUUAAAAAGUCUUUUGCCUCGGCAAUAUCCUGCAAUACACAGCUAAAACAGGUUA